AUGAAUUUUCCCGCCCUAAAUUCAAUACUCUAAGUGAGACCUUUAGGGUUUAAUUUCACAAAUGAAGUUGUUACGGAAAUAACUCCUCUCAUUGAUUAAUUUGUACUUCUAAACCAAGGAAAAAAAGAAUAAUUUGAGUUAGCUUAAAGGAAAAAUUCUGAAUUACAAAAAAAUCUGGAAGAAUUCAAAGAAAUUAAGAAAAAUGAGUAGAUUAAUUAUGAAAAGUUGAUUAAAGAUUAUCAUAAUUUAUUACAAAAAAAAGAACAAGAAAUCAAAUAAUUACUUCACACUCAAACUGUACUUAUAGAAGAUCAAUAAGUUAUUAAAUAAAAAUAAGAAAAUAUCAUUUAGGCUUAAUAAUUGCAUACAUCAAUAUUUUUUAAUUCUUUAACUUUUUCUGAAACUUAUAAACACUCUGAUUGUUAGGUAUCAUAAAAUGGAAAGCUAUUUUAUAAUAAGGGUCUAUUUUAUUCAUGUUUAUGCGAUUAAGCUAUCCCUAAUCAAGGUAUUGUGAGAUUUGGCUAUUUAAUAUAAGAUAUUGUUACUAAUUAGACUAUGGUUGGAAUAGGAGCAAGAGAAAUAAUUUCUAAAUCUGGAUAUACUAAUAUAUAAAAUUCAGGUAAAGGGUAAAGAAGAUUUAUAAUUUUAGAGCCUAUCUUAUAAUGAGUAGUGGCUAUUGUUUCAGUCAUCAUUAAAAAGAGAAAUAUCAUAAUUCUAUCCCAUUCACUUUUUCUAACAAUGAUAUUAUUAUUAUAGAAGUUGAUAUUUUAAAAUAAUAUAUUAAAUGGAUAAAACAAUCAACCAAAUAAUCUUUUGUAAGUUUUUGUAUAAAAUAUUUAGCUCCUUGAAAUAGAUCCACAUUAUGAAUAUUACCCAUGUAUUAAUGGUCCAGGAAGAGUAGAAAUAUUGAAUGAAAUAAGUCCAUGA